AUGCCUGCACCGCCGCCCGUCUCGACGAGCGCACUUCACCACACGCGCGUCGGCAUCCAGCGCGCGAUCGUGAGCGUUUCGCACAAGGACGCGAGUCCGCGCGACCAGGACGUCGCGUUCGUGCUCCGGGUCACGCACCACGACGCGGCGCAUGUCAUUCAGCGCGACUGGCCCGCGUUCCUGAAGCUCAAGGCGGACCUUCUGCAUGCGCUCGGCGCGGGCCACGCGUGCCCCGGUGUCUGCGUCUGGCUCUGGGAAGACCUGCACCACAACUUUGACCGCCCGGCGUCCGGCGGCAGCCUCGCCGCGUGGUGGCACAUGCUGCGCAGCGUGCACACGAAGGAGACGCUCCAGAUCUUUCUCCGCCACUUCCAGGAACUCCUCGACUCGCUUCUUCGCGUGCUCCACGCCGACGACGUCAAGUGCCUCCGCUUCCGCCACGUCACGAGCGUUCUCUGCGCGUUCCUCGACAUUGAGCCCAAGAAACGCGUCUGCAGCCGCGCCUCGAGCUUACCAUAGAGCCGAAUCCAUUCCAGAGGCAGUAGAAACAUGUACAACAAUAGUAUAGGAACAAGUUGAUACCCGGUG